UUAAAUUGAUUUUAUUAAAAUUAUAUAUAAAAAAAUAUUAAAUUAAUAUAUAAUUUAAUAUAAAAAUAACCGUGUAUAUAUAUAUAUAUAUAUAUAUAAAGAUAUAAAAUUAUCGAUAAUUUUGGACUUUCCAUUUGAUCUUUCCCUUAGACACACAGAGAUAAAGAACUGACCAAAGCCCAUAGAAAUGGACGUAGAAAAUGAAUCUUCCUCAUCAAGACUUUCCGACGCCGGCGGCAAAGGAAAGGACAAUCUGCCGGCCGCCGGCGACGAUCAGCCGAUGGGUGAAGAGUUGUCGAACGUUGAACAGGAUGAAGAUCGGAAUGUUGUGCGGCGGGCCACCCGCUGGGACGUCGGCGGCGGCGCACCUUUGCCGAAGAAACGGCGGACUUCCCGCUGGGACGUUGUCGGCGACCCACCUGUGCCGGAAUUUAUAAAUCCGGCGGAGAAUGUACGGGAAGCUGGUCCUCCACAUCUGGAGAUGGAUCCAAGCACUUGGAGAAGGCAUCUCCCAACUAACCUCAUCUGUGUGAAGAAGACUCUAACGGCCAAUGACGUCAUCUCAGUCGGCGCUAGCCUCCGCCUCACCGAGUCCGACGCCGUGGCCCUAACCGGCGUAGACGACCCCAAUGCUUCUUCGUUCACGUGGUUCAAGCCCAUGCCUGUCGUGUUCGACUCCAAUGACACACAAUAUGAUAUGGUGAUGAUGAGGCGCCUCGGCAACGAUGGCUCGUCCAGCUACUCGAUCACGACGGGUUGGGACUCUUUCCUCGAGCACAACCGCCUCAGGGCCGGCGACGAGAUCAACUUUUACAAAACCGUCGAUGAGCGUGUCUCCGAUCAACCCUACCUCGUCAUCAAGUACUUCCGGAGGCCCCGUUCCCCCGUUCGUCGGCCUCGUCCUCGUAUUCGACUUUUGCAACGUUCUAGAUAGACGAAAUUUUUGCCCCCGCGGCGCGCCCCGUGAUGUAUGUACAAAUUGUUGUUAUGAUAUAGAUUGUGUUUACUCAAUAAUAUUUUGAUAUGACUCUUGAUAAA